CGGCGCUCUUCGGCUGGGCUGCGUGAAUAGAUGAGUUCCGGGGAUCGUCUAGUCAGGCCUGGGAGGCGGAAGGAGGCGCCGAAGCUGAAACUACGGAAGCUCAGCGGCCUUCGGCGGGCGCGCCGGCUUCGGAGCUUGUUAAAAUGGGUCGCCGCUCAUCAGACACCGAAGAAGAGAGUAGAAGCAAGAGAAAAAAGAAACACCGUAGGAGGUCAUCUUCAAGCAGUUCUUCUGAUAGCAGAACUUACAGCCGUAAAAAAUCAGGAAGGAAGUCAAGGUCACGGUCUCGAGAUCUCCAGUUUCGUUCGCAUUCAUAUGAAAAGAGGCACAGGCAUCGAUCUAGCAGCAGCUCUUCAUAUGGAUCCAAGAGAAAACGGAGCCGGAGCCGUUCAAGAGACCGAGGAAAAUUAUAUCGGUCUCAGAGAUCAAGAUCAAAGAGCAGAACAAGAAGGUCCCACUCCAGACCUCAACAACGUUCUUACAGCCGAAGCAGUGAAAGGACCAGUCACAGAAGAACACGCAGCAGAUCUCGUGAUAAAGAAAGACGUAAAGGCAGAGAUAAAGAGAAGACAAGAGAGAAGGAGCGUGCUAGAGGAAAAGAAAAGGAUCAGCAUUAUACCCAAAGUGGGGAUGCUGGAAACAUCAAAGCUGGAUUAGAACAUCUGUCCGCUGCUGAACAGGCGAAGGCUAGAUUACAGUUGGUUCUGGAAGCUGCUGCUAAAGCUGAUGAAGCAUUAAAAGCUAAAGAAAGAAGUGAAGAAGAAGCAAAGAAGAAAAAGGAGGAAGGCGGUCAGGACAGGUACAGCAGCGGCAGUGCAAGUUACCUCCACACCACCCCAUCAGUGUGCCUCAACUCUGACCUGGAGGGACCACCUCAAGAGGCCUAUACCAUUCAAGGACAGUAUGCCAUUCCACAACCAGAUCUGAGCAAGCUGCACCAGUUGGCAAUGCAACAGUCACACUUUCCAAUGUCUCAUGGCAACACUGGAUUCCAUGGUUUGGAUGCAUCAGCUCAAACUAUUUCUCAUGAACUCACCAUUCCAAAUGAUCUGAUUGGAUGCAUCAUUGGGCGUCAAGGCGCCAAGAUCAAUGAGAUUCGCCAGAUGUCUGGGGCGCAGAUCAAAAUUGCCAAUCCAGUGGAAGGAUCUACUGACAGGCAGGUUACCAUAACUGGAUCUGCAGCCAGCAUUAGCCUGGCUCAAUAUCUAAUUAAUAUCAGGCUUUCAUUGGAGACUGGUGGAAUGGGAAGCAUCUAGGACAAUGCAACCGCCUCACUCAUUACCUGUUUCUGCUGUUUAUCCCUAUGAUCCAUCUGUGUAGUUUCUGAGCAGUCAGCAAUUCAAGGUUUUAACUAGUUUGUAAAUUUUCAGUUCUACAUGCUUUACCCAUCCACUCAUUUUUUUUAAUUGCAGCAUUUUAAUUCCCUUUCUUUGUUCAGCUGUUAAAAUGCUGAUUCAUAUUUUAGUUUAUAAGCUUCUCCCCCUUUCUUGGCUCAUGAAGUUUUUCUGUUAUGUCAUGAGAUGUAAGAGUGGAAUUAAUACAUUUCUGUUUACUUCUGUAAUGUCAGAAUUUUUUUUUAAAUAAAAAGAUGGACUG